AUGCCCCGCACUACUUUGAGAAUCCACACACGCACUCGAGCAAGUCCCGCUAAUGUGCAGAAAGUUUGGGCACCACUUGGUCUUGGUCAACUUGAUGCCAACGGAGUCAAUGCUGGCAUUCGUAACGAGACUCUUGAGAUUAUUCGUGAUGUAUUCGAUCCUAUGUUGACUGCCUGGCUUGCUGACCCAACUCACACUUGGAACCAACAGUUUGGGAAGAAGGGCGGCAGCAGGGAAUUCGAACAAGCGAUUAUCGCUCGAAAGGCAGAGCUACCCCCGUCGGUUCAAUCUAUAGAGAGUGAUGAUGUCCUUGGAGGGAUCCUCUUUGAUCUUCUCAAGUUUUACCGCUACACUGAUCCCAGCUGGCGGGUACCUUUGCCUCCUGCCCCUAAAGCCGCCCCAGCGCCUAUAGCUGUCCCUGCACCUGCCCCUGCCCCUGCCCCUAAAGCAGCCCCUGCGCCUAUAGUUGUCCCUGCUCCUGCUCCUGCUCCUGCUCCUGCUCCCAAAGCCGUACCCGCCCCUAAAACCGGCCUAGAUUUACUUGCAGAGGCUGCCGAGGCUGUAGAGGCUGCAGAGCUAAAGACCGCAACAAUGGCCCCUAAUAAGACUGCCCUUGACAUCCUUGCAGAGGCUGCCGAGGCUGUAGAGGCUGCAGAGCUCAAGAUCGCAACGAUGGCCCCUAAUAAGACUGCCCUUGACAUCCUUGCAGAGGCUGCCGAGGCUGUAGAGGCUGCAGAGGCUGCAGAGCUCAAGACCGCGAGGAGGGCCCGUGAUAGGACUGCCCUUGACAUCCUUGCAGAGGCUGCAGAGCUUCAUGCUGCGACGGCGGCCCCUAAUAUGACUGCCCUUGACGUCCUUGCAGAAGCUGCAAGCUAUAAGCGACGGAGAGAGGAAGAGGAUGAGGAUGAUGAUGAAGCCCCAGCCCCGAAGCGAGCACGCUAG